GUCCAGUUGGUAUUUGUUGACAAAAGCAAACCAAAACAGCCCUCAAAACUAAACAAGGGCUUCAAUAAAACCCCAAUCCACUCCCCACCCGGCGAAGACGACUUUAGCUGAUUUUCUUAGCGGGAGUUUAGAGGAGAGACGCCCUAGUUUUUUUCCCCCUUUCUUUCUUGUUUAGAUUUUGAGGAAGACAACGUCAUCAAUAGUCGACGACCCCAUCAUCGAAAUGCAGAACGAUUUUGAUCGGCUGCUCUAUUUCGAGGGCACUCGCAGACAGGCAGAGGAAAAAUAUGCUCAAAAUCCUUACGAUGCCGAUAAUCUGACGAAAUGGGGAGGGGCGCUGCUGGAGUUAUCUCAGUUUCAGACUGUUCCUGAGUCCAAGAAGAUGAUUCUGGAUGCCAUAUCGAAGUUGGAGGAGGCCUUGCAAGUUAAUCCCAAAAAUCACGAUACAUUGUGGGUUUUGGGAAAUGCACAUACUUCGCAGGCAUUUCUGACUCCUGAUGAAGACGAGGCCAGGGUUUAUUUUGACAGAGCAACUUUGUAUUUCCAACAAGCUGCUGCCGAGGAUCCAAGUAAUGAACUCUAUCGCAAAUCCUUGGAAGUUGCUGCUAAGGCACCUGAGUUGCACAUGGAAAUCCACAAGCAUGGUUCCCUUCAACAGGCUAUGGGCACAGCCCCUACAACGUCAAGUGGGACAAAGCCAAGUGCCAAGAAAAAGAAGAGCAGCGACCUCAAGUAUGACAUUUUUGGAUGGGUAAUCCUUGCUGUUGGGAUUGUUGCAUGGGUGGGGUUUGCAAAAUCCCAUGUCCCGCCACCGCCUCCUAGAUAAGCUGCUGACAGCCUUGUACCUGUAUAGGCUGAAGAUACCCGCAUGAAGCUUACAUGUUGAUGGGGGAUGAAAUCUGUGGUGGUGGAUUCCUAGUUAUCUUUACGGUUUUCUUCUUGAGUAAAGCUUUUGCCCAUAUAGACCCUCUUAGUUAAUUGACAGCACUUAGUAAAUUUCAAUCUAGAUUUUGCUUUAGGCACGAUUAAGCAUAUGAUAUGUUAAAUUUUUGCUAAACACUUUUGGUUUUGGUAUAUCUUUUCUCUCUC